UGGCUUAGUUGCUGGCUUUGCAGACUUGAAUUCGGAGCAGUAAUUUCAGUUCCCUGUUCAGAGACUGCAGACUCAGAGAGAGAGAUAGUGCGCUGGAGACGGUGUCCUUCUGAGUGGGCACAACCUACAGCUGUGAGACCCGGAACCCAGAACCCAGCAGAACCCAGGUCAUGUGGAGCUCAGUGUCUCUCUCUACAUUUAUUUCAACAGGUUUCCAAGAAGACAGCAGCAGCUCCUCUGAGAAUGAAGAGGAAAUUCAGUGUGAGGAGUUGCUGCUGGAGAGGGAUGAGGAGGAGCAGAACCUGUCUGAGCUUGAACAUGUGUCCUUGCAGCUGCUGCAGGAGAUCAGUGCCCUGGAGGUGCAGUUUGAGAUUGAACGCUCCUGCAGAGAAACUGCUGAGGACUUUGCUGCUAAGAUUUCGAAGGAGAACAAGAUCCUGAAGAGGCAGAGCCAGGCACUGCUGCCUCUCAUUCCCGAGAUCCCCGAGGAUCUGGAGAGCGUGGCCCUCUCCCCGGAUCCCGACACCGACCCCGACCCUGCCACAGAGUCCCUGCUGCACUGCCAGGCUCAGAUCAGAGAGCUGCAGGGCUCUCUGGCCAGUCUGCUGGGAGACAAGAACCACCUGUCUGCCCAGGUGGAGGCACUGCAGAGGGAGCAGGCCAGGCUCAGGGAGCAGCUGGCAGCGGAGCGAGAGGAGAAGGAGAGCCUUCUGAAGAGACUGAACAAGCAGAGCAAGACCCUGCACAGGCUGAGCCGAGUGUCCCAGCUGGUGUCCCAGGAGCACAGUGAGCUGUCCCAGAGGCUGGAGGUGGAACAGGACCUCAGACAACAUGCAGAGGUCUUUGCUCACCAGAUGCUGGUGAAAAACAAGGAGGCGUCGCGGCAAAGCCUGCUCCUGCUGCAGAGUCCUGAGCCCACGCCACAGCUGCUGCAGGUCCAGAACCAGCUGGCCCAGAUCACCACUAUCCUGGAGGAGCUCCGGCUGCAGCACUGCAGCAAGGUGACGGGGACACAGGCUGCACUGGAGGAGAGCUCCCUGCUCAACGAGCUGCAGGGCGUGAAGGCGCAGCUGGAGGUGUGUGAGGAGGAGAAGAGGAACAUGGAGAGCCAGGUCCACGAAGCUCAACGCACUGUGGCGGAGCUCCGAGAGGCGGUGAACCAGCUCCAGGAAAAGUUGAAACAAGUCGAAUCCUCUCCUCCUGAGACUGACCAAUCACAAGAGGCACCACAAGCUCCUGCCCCUCCUCCUCCUCCUCCUCCGCCCCUCCCUCCUCCAGUCCCUACUGCUGUCGUCAGUCCACUGGAGGCCUUGAGGAACAGGAGGAGGAAUCAGCAGCACAACCCACCAUCAAACACUCAGCAGCCUCUACUGGAUGUGAAGACCCAGGCAGUCAAUGAGAUGAUGGAGCGCAUCAAGAAUGGGAUCGUGCUGAGAUCCAUCUCAAAGUCACACAAGGUCGUGGGAGAGGAGGACAGUGCCUGGAAGGAUCAGAUGAGUGAAAAACGAAAGAGUGUGGUGAAUGAAUUGCAAGGGAUUUUGGGCUCCAUCCAGCGGUCCAAGCUGAAGAGGAUAUCCCGGCGUGCUUGCAGCCGCAAGGUAGGGGAACAGGAGCUGCUGGCCGUGCUGCAGAGGAGGAGGAGGGUGAUGGGAGAGGAGUCGGACUUCACCCCCCAGCCCAAACAACAGGACCUGCAUCCCACGAGCCCAGCAGACAGCACCCUGCCCCCCGCCGGUGAGAACUCCAGUAACCCUGUCCAGCGCCGUCGGAAAACCAACAAAGAGGACAGGGCAUCCCGAAUCCGUGCAUCCGGGUCUGUCUGGAUGGAGAGCUGGGAGAAGCACUGAAGAUAGGAGGUCGACAAAGACCUGCAGAGGGGAGUGACUGCAGCAACAUGUGGACAACUGACCUGAUGCCAUCUCCACCGAUAGAUCAAUUGAUCAACUGUUGCUUUUCUUUUCCAAAACACAGACGUCUUCAGCUCAGGAUGUUAAUCCCAAUGUAAAAUUGAAAUCUGAAAGCAGCCUGGGUCUGUGUAAAGUCAGCUGAGGUGGGCUGUCUGGUGUCUGAUUCUUCUCCACGCCUGGCACCUAUCCCUGACACCCCCAACCCUAGGUCCUGCUUAAAACACACAUUUUAUUCCCUUUGGGAUUUGUUGGUUAACUAAGGCACAAAUUCAGUUUUGGAUCCAAUAUGAUAACUAAUGGAUCAAAUUAGCAAUUUGCUCUGCUUUUAAGUAGCUUCUAAUUAACAGACGGGAGCAUCUCCCCCAAGUGACCUGAUUAUUCCUGUGAGAUUCCAGGGCACAGUGGCAAUGCUGAGUGAUUCAGUGGGUCUCAACUCUGUGAGAACCCUGUCUCUUCUGGUUUUUGCCACAGCUGAGUUAUUAAUCCAGUCUAAUUGAGCUCAGUUUGCACUUUGGGUAUAUUUGCAAAUUUGCUUUCAGCAGUAAUGUUGUAACCAACUGGACCUGUAGCAGGGAAGAAUGCUCACUGUGGGCGUGUCUGACACAGAGUCACUCCCGCUGUGGGUGUGUCUUAUACAGAGGCACUCCCACCGUGGGCGUGUCUGAUAUAGAGUCAGUCCCACUACAGGCGUGUCUGAUUACAAGAUCACUCCCACUGUGGAUGUAUCUGAUACAAUUCAAUUUUAUUCAAAUAAUGCUUAAUUGGCAUGACCAGUGAGUAAAAUCAGUGUCAGUGCCGACGCAGAACAAAUAGAAUUAACAUAUAAAAUCUACAGGCAUUCAUUUACAGACGUUUACAAUUCAAUACAAUGUCACUCCUUGUAUGGGCAUCUGAUACUGUGUCAAUCCCAGCUGUCCCUGUUCAUCAUCUGAUCACCUCACAAUAGCUAUUUAGUACAAGUAGCUGAGGAGAAGCUGUGAAAGUUUUUGUGUGCUGAAGAUGAAACGGGAUGGUUGAAGUCGGGUGUUUUUGACGCUGAGAACUGACCACAAAAACAAGUACAAUACAAAUAUAAGCAAGUGAGCAGACCAGUUCACACUGGGGAUAUAAAACUUAGCUGGAAUGAAAACCAGGAGAUACGGUGCUCCUGCAGGACUAGGGCUCGUGCUAGGGUAUGAGGUGUUGAAUUGAAGGAAUUAGGAAAAAUUAUUGAACAGAAUAAAAUGUACCAGCAUUACGGAGGACAUCAUAUUCAUUUUUCCACUCGGCAAUAUUUUUUCUAUCUCUGUUUACACCAGUAUAAAAGAUAAAGCUGAAUCUAACAGUGUGCCCCCCUCUCGUUGGUAAUAUCUGCCUAGGAUUUCUCAGUCUCUCCUUGUGUGUUAGAUCACAGUUCAGUGGCACACAAGUAAUUUCUUCAAACCACCAAGGAAACUGUGCCAGGAAAAUCAAUAAAAACAAGACUGCUAAAAAAAACUACUGUAUGCGUACUGUGUGUGUUCAGAAAUAAUGUUGAAUGGUUCACUUUAAAAUCGUAUUGAGGUGAUGUUUCAUGAAAAACACUUUGUAACAUACAGAGAUUAUGCUCAUUAAAAUACAAUAAUCGCAAUAAAUGUUUUGAAGUGCAAUUUAAAACGGUAAAUGAACGGUGUUGAUUUAUUAAAAAACGUACACGAUAAUUAAAAGAAACAUAAUCUUCUCUUUAACUGUAUGUAUAUGAGAUUUGUGUGAUAUAAACUGUUAAUUAGGCUCCAGCUACCCGGAGACCCUGUAUUGGAUGAAGCAGCAAGAAAGGGGACGGACGGAAAUUUGUAAUUUAGUAACUGCGUUUUCAGCAGUGGGUUUAUGAGGUUUCCUGCGGAGCGGUCUGUUGAGGGUGCUAUGUAUCCUCCUAACCUGUAGUUGGCAAUAAAGGUUUUACAGUCA